AUGUUGGAGCCAGACGUGACCAUUACUGGUCCAGACGGUACUACAUUGGCAGGCGAGAAGAUGUCGAACAAGAAAUCAGGAGUGCAUCCGCAUACGAGCUUCGAUCAGAGCGGAUCUGCGGUGUCUACACCUUACAAUUCAGAUACUGAAGCGGAUUUGUCUGAGCUCAAGUCGGCUCAGCAGUUAUCCAUGAAUAUCUCCCCUAUCCAAUCAAGCCCGGAGGCUCACCGCUGCGUCCGCCAGAUUGUCCGUGGCAACUAUGGUAAAUUCUUAGCGGAUGCCGAAAACGGUCUGCGACGACAGCGGGUUUACUUGGUAGCAACCGAUAUAAGCGAAGAAGCAGCUUAUGCUUUAGAAUGGACAAUCGGGACGGUGCUGAGGGACGGCGAUACACUGCUCGCCGUUUAUGCAGUCGAUGAGGAGGUAGGUGUUGGCGGAACGGAUACUCCUGGGGGCACUCAUGGCAGCGUAACUACUGCGCAGGAGGAGAGCGAUUCGUUGAUGCAAACACUCUCAAACCACCAAGGCCUUAUAGCGGAAGGACCAGGACCAUCGCCCUUAUCCAACAGUGUGUCAGCCUCAGAAACAGACACAAGCACCAUGAACAAAGCAGAGAAGGACCGAUACCAGGCGGCUGUCGAAGUGUCCGACCGCUGCGUCAAGCUCCUGCGCAAGACUCGCUUGCAGGUACGGGUCGUGGUCGAAGUUUUUCAUUGCAAGAGCCCUAAACACAUGCUUACAGAAGUGAUUGACUUUCUAGACCCCACAUUGGUAAUCCUGGGGUCUAGAGGGCGCAAUGCGUUGAAAGGUGUCCUGCUUGGCUCCUUCAGUAACUAUCUUGUGACCAAAUCUUCGGUCCCUGUCAUGGUAGCAAGGAAGCGGCUCCGCAAGCAUAGCAAGUACAAGCGCAAGAAUCUGCGGCUGUCCAAUGUCAUCUCGCCGUCUAACAAUGGUCGGCUCGCCAACGCUAAAAUCGAUUGA